GCAAUCAACAUACUGCGAAAACCUCUCUACACAUUCUCUCUCUAAAAGAUUCAAAACUGUAGAAAUGUCUGCACGGGGGAGAGGACGCAGGGGAGGCGCUGGAGCCGGUCGCGGCCAGCAGCCGACGCCAUCAUCCGGACGUGGCGGCGGCUGUCACGGACGCGGUCCUUAUGGAGCUUGCAACGCUCCGCCUUCGACGGUGUACUCCUCUACCGUCCAGUACAAUCCUGCUCUAUCAUCCUCGGCGUUGAGCGACGAGGUCGAGCGGAAACUCACUCUAGACACGUCUGUUUCGUCCUCUUCUCAGCCGGAGCAACCGGCUUCAGUGGCUGUGUUGGAACAGGCCGAGCAGCAUCGGCCACCACCGGUAUCUUCGAAGGGCAUGAGGUUUCCGGUGAGACCAGGUUUUGGCACAGUUGGAAGGAAGGUGAUAGUGAAAGCGAAUCACUUUCUAGUUCAAGUGGCUGAGAGAGAUCUGACGCAAUACGAUGUUUCUAUUUCUCCUGAGGUGACCUCAAAGAAAGUGUGCAGGGAAAUUAUGAGCCAACUUAUCAAAACUUACGGUGCUUCUCAUCUGAGUCAACGAAUGUUGGCCUAUGAUGGAAGAAAGAGUGCUUACUCCGCAGUUCCACUGCCCUUCACAUCCAAGGAUUUUGUUGUCAAGCUUGUUGACAAAGAUGGAGCCAGGAGGGAGCGUGAUUUCAAGGUGUCAAUAAAAUUUGCCUCUACUGCUGAUCUUUUUCAUCUUAAGGAAUUCAUACAGAGAAGACUGCUUGAUGCCCCCCAAGAAACCAUUCAAGCUCUUGAUAUUGUUCUGAGAGAGAAGCCAUCCAUCAAUUAUGAAGUUGUUGGAAGGUCCUUCUUUUCUCCGCAGUUGGGAGAUAUGGGGAAUCUUGGUGACGGGUUGGUAUAUUGGAAAGGAUUCUAUCAAAGUCUCCGUCCAACCCAGAUGGGCCUCUCUCUAAACAUUGACAUGUCCGCCAGAGCAUUUUAUGAGCCGAUUCUAGUUUCUGAUUUUGUUGCCAACUACUUGCGUCGGGAUCUAACAAGGUCCUUGUCAGAUCAAGAUCGUAUUAAGGUGAAAAGGACUUUGAAAGGUCUUAGAGUUGAGCUCAAUCAUAUGGAGCAUGUCAAACAUUACAAAAUAUCAGGCUUGUCAACUGUACCAGCACAACAGUUGAUGUUUUCCUUGGAUGAUACGGGGGCAAAAAUAUCUGUAGCGCAAUAUUUUCGACAAAAGUACAAUAUUGCACUCAAGUUUCCUCACUUGCCUGCAAUUCAGGCUGGCAGUGAUAAAAAGCCUAUAUAUUUUCCAAUGGAGGUUUGUAAGAUUGUUGGUGGGCAAAGGUAUUCACGGAAGUUGAAUGAGAAACAAGUUACUGCACUUUUAAAAGCAACCUGCCAACGUCCUCAACAAAGAGAACGAAGCAUCAUUGAGAUGGUCAACUCUAACAAUUACAAUGGUGACAUGCUUGUGAACAAAGAGUUUGGGAUUCAGGUUAGGCCUGAACUCUCAUCCAUUGAAGCAAGGGUUUUGCCAGCUCCGAUGCUGAGAUAUCAUGAGACUGGACGUGAAUCUCGUGUUGAGCCAAGAGUAGGAGUAUGGAAUAUGAUUGACAAGAAAAUGGUUAAUGGUGGCAAAGUGGAAUUCUGGACGUGCAUAAACUUCUCGCAGAGAUUCAAUGUUGAUGUAGACAGGUUUUGCAAUGAAUUAAUUGGCAUGUGUAAUAGCAAAGGGAUGGAAUUCAAUCCAAGACCUUUGGUUCCUAUUCGAUCUGCUCAUCCUGGUCAGAUAGAGAAGGCCCUCUUUGAUUUGCACACAGAUUCUUCAACUAGACUGAAGAACUUGGAACUGACUGGGAGACAACUUCAGUUACUAAUAGUCGUUUUGCCUGAUGUCAGCGGGUCUUAUGGUCAGAUCAAGCGAGUUUGCGAAACAGAGUUGGGAAUCGUCUCUCAAUGUUGUCAGCCCAGGCAUGCAUCCAGAUACAAUAAACAAUAUCUUGAGAAUGUUGCUCUGAAAGUCAAUGUGAAGGUCGGUGGCCGAAAUACUGUUCUGGAACAGGCUAUUAUUGGAAGAAUUCCUUAUCUAACUGAUUGCCCUACAAUCAUAUUUGGGGCUGAUGUAACUCAUCCUCAACCAGGGGAGGAUUCCAGCCCUUCUAUUGCUGCGGUGGUGGCUUCAGUUGACUGGCCGCAAGUAACAAAAUACAGAGGGUUGGUUUCUGCACAAUCUCACCGGGUAGAGAUUAUACAAGAUCUUUACAAAACAACUGAAGAUCCUAUUAGAGGCAUUGUUCAUAGUGGCAUGAUAAGGGAACUGUUGAUUGCAUUCUUCAAGUCUACUGGUCAUAAGCCUUGUAGAAUUAUCUUCUACCGUGAUGGUGUUAGUGAAGGGCAGUUUAACCAAGUUCUUUUGCAUGAAAUGAAUGCAAUCAGGAAGGCUUGUGUUUCCAUUGAAGAAACUUAUCUACCACCUGUUACCUUUGUUGUGGUUCAAAAAAGGCACCAUACACGUCUCUUCCCUGCCAAUCAUGGGGAUCGAAAUACAACAGACAAGAGUGGAAACAUUUUGCCAGGUACUGUCAUUGAUACCAAGAUAUGCCACCCCAGUGAGUUUGAUUUUUACCUCUGUAGCCAUGCUGGGAUUCAGGGAACUAGCCGCCCCACACAUUACCAUGUGCUGUUUGAUGAGAACAAAUUCAGCGCUGAUGCUCUGCAGCUGUUAACCAAUAGUUUGUGUUAUACGUAUGCUAGGUGUACUCGAUCAGUCUCUAUAGUUCCUCCUGCUUAUUAUGCCCAUCUGGCUGCAUUUCGUGCUCGAUACUAUGUCGAAGGUGGUGAGCUCUCUGACAGUGGAUCUGCUCCUGGAAGAGACGUGGCAACUAGGGAGAAGAAUUUGGAGGUUCGCUCACUUCCUGCAAUCAAGGAUAAUGUCAAGGAUGUGAUGUUUUAUUGCUAGAGGGCACUUUAUUUAAUAACUUUUAAGAGUUUUAGCAAGUGUUUGGAGGUUUUGCUGGGUGAUCUGGCUAACAUUAAGACGUUUUUUGCUGCGGAUAGUUUCUUGCAAACCUUUUCAUGUAUAUCUUUUUAAGAUGCUCCUUUUAAUUUAUGUUUUAAUAUAUGUAGCAAGAGAAAAUGGCUUGUUCUUC